CAAAAAAUUGCUAAAAUAAUUUACGUUAAAUGGUUACCUUUAUACAUGAUUAUCACUAAAAGAUAGAUAACGUUUAUAUAUACCAGAGUAAUUUUUUAGCAAAAAUUUUACUCCGAUUUACAAUAUUUAUUGUAUACCACCUUUAAAUAAAAAUGGAGUUAAUAUACGGAGUGCUAAAAUACUCCUUAUAAAAUAACAAAUAAUGGGAAAAAUUAAGUAUUCCAAAUAAUAAGUCAACGCCUUGGCUGCGCAAUAAGGAGUCUAUGCGACAAGUGUCAGACACGUGUUGACUCUCAUAAUUAGAUGGAUUUGAUUUGCUGUUAACACAAUGUCCGAAGAUACAGCCAAUAGCUCGUGCUCUUCUAGCAAGUGGUCCCACUAUUUUGUCAGUCACGUGAACAGUGGACCCCGGCUUCUGGGUCCUGUUCUGGAAAGAUGGUGUUAGUACGAAAAACUCUAAAUUAGCGUGAGUAAUGGGUUUAGCCAUCAAAAAUCGGCAGCUGCUCCGUAGUUAUACUUGUUCAAGUACUCCGUAAUUCGUAUUUCUCCGUUCAAAAUCUAGCAACAAGUUGAGGAUGAAAUACAAAUUGAAUAACUCUAAAUUAGCAAGAGUUAUACGUUUAGCCACCAUAUUUCUCUGUCCAAAAUUAAUAGUCAUGUUGGGAAAAUUCUAGCAAUAAUUUGAGGAAAAAAUACAAAUUGAAAGGAGUAACUUUUAUGGUAUAUUCUAGCAUUCACUAAUCUUCAUGGUAUUUAAAGAUCAGGUGCAACGCUCACCAAGGCAAAAUGUUAUGUCCUAUUUAUUUGUGUAUGUGGCUUGUGUUGUGUUUAUACAAAGGUGUAUACAAUCAAUCAAUUAUAUCGGUCAAACAAGGGCUAGUAAACUGCUUUAUUCAGCAAUUACAGUGUAUAAUUUUAUACUCCCAUGUCACCUACUGCAUUGUCCUUUUUUCUAUGGUCUUUUCUAAUAAUUUUUCCUAUAUACUAGUUCCAUGCACAUUUAGCUCUGUUUACAUGUGAUUGUUUAUAUACAGCGGCUUUAAUAUGGGUCAUGUAAUUGUAGGAUUUUGUUUGUGUUGUUUCCAUUGCUGCUGUUAAUGAAGUUUAAAGGCUAAGGAUUUGAAUAUGUUCUGGCGUAGUUGGCCCUUAGGUUUUGGGUGAUGAAAGGGCGGAAGGAAACUACAAGAGAAAGAGUUAGAAAUUGAGUCUUGUAUCUAGCUUAAAGAAAGAGUUGCAUUUAUAUAAUUAUCCUUCACUAUUUGAGUAAUCUCUUGCUAAAAUUCUUUGGAGUUUUAUAUGCGUUCUACCCCCCAGCGCACACACAUACACAUAAAAAGGAGGUUUGUGAGGCUAUUGGAGUCGCAAAUUAUGUGGAAAAAUGCAAGAGUAUAGAAUGAAAAAUACAUACAAAAUGGAGCGAGGGUUGAACAUUUGUAUAAAAAAUGGAGCUUGAUAUUUUGAAUGACUUGUUAAAUAGAAAUGUAGCUUAUUAUUUUACUCACAAAUGCUUAAAAGUUAUCUUUAUAUAUGUAAAAGUUAUCUAUUUUUUUUUAGUGAUAAAUAUUUUCAUUUUGAUAAAAAAUAUUUCUUCAAAAAUCAUUAAUAAUGUAUAAAGUUAAUCAUUUACCAUUUUAAAAUGUUUAUCUAUCAAUUUGUUUUUAUAAUAUAAAAGUGAAUUAGAAUAUAUUAAAGUUUACAGAAAAUGAGAUAAAAGUUAUAAAAAUCGGGGUAAAAGUUAUCUUGGUGUAUAAUGAAUUUAUUAUACACCUUGUGCGUGCAAGACCUUUUAUAUUUGACUUCGGUGAAAUUUCUCACACUGGCAUUGGCUACCUUCUAAAAGUACUCUGUAUUAUUUUGUUGAUUAGCUAGUUAUUUGGGGUAAUUCACAUGGUGAACUUUUGGCAAAUGAUCUCACAUUCUCGUUUAUGUAAACAAUCUCUGCAGUCCUCAAAUCAAAUACUUUAUAAUCAAAGUUCCAUAAACUGACUGAAAAAUUAAUCUAUCUCUGUAAAAUGAGCUUAAUCACUGAUGUCAUGCAUGAUUUCUAUCUUUAAAUGGUAAAUCUUGUGGGGAUUGUGCUUGAACAUUUUUUGCUGAAAGCAAGGUUUUUUGGGGAUAGGUUAUUAUAGUGAUCUAAGGACCGAUGUUUAGACACGAAGCCUCUGUAAGUAUUGCUAGGGAAGCAUGCCUGCGACAAAUCCUCACACUCACACAGACCAAUAUUAAAAUAUUACAGUACACACUUUGCUAUUAAACAAUAUUAAAAGAGAAUGUUCCUUAGCAUAGAUAUGCUAGCCAGUUGGAGAGGUAUGGGAGUAUAAUAGCUGAAAACAAGGUUAAGAGAACAUAGAAGAAAAGGUUGAGAUCCAUGUGAAAGGGAGAGGAAGAGAGAGAGUAAGAACGGUUGUUAGGAAAAGCUAAUUGAGAAAAGAGGCCCCUUGUUUAGGAACUUGCACCAAUAGAGAGCUCUUAAGCUGUAGCGCUGACCUUAAAUUUACUCAUUUGCAUUGUCUUUCACUCUUUCGUUACUGCUCAAAGCUUAUUGGCUCAUAAAAACUCACUCUGGAAAAGGGUUUCUCUCUCCCCUAGUCGACGUUAUCAGGAAGUUCUUAGUUCAGAGAACAAUACUUAGGUGACAAUGAAGUUCUUCAACUGGAUGCAGAACAAGUUGAACGGAAGACCAGGGAGUCAAAACCUGACUACAGUCCCACUUCAAAAUCUUCCAAAGCAAUCUUCUCAGAGAGAAGAGUUCAAUGACUGGCCUCAUGGACUGCUAACAAUUGGGACAUUUGGUAACAAGGAGCUCAAAGACAAAGCCGUUAGUUCUGAGAUUCAAACUGCCACCCAUGAACAAGAACAAGAGCAGAAUCCAACCUCUGCUUCAUCCCCAGACUUAUCAGAGUUUACCCCAGAAGAGUUUGGCCAAUUGCAAAAGGAAUUGACAAAGCUCUUAAAACGAAAAUCAGCUAAACAAGAGGAAAACUCCGAUCUUCCUCUGGACAGAUUUCUUAACUGCCCUUCAAGCUUGGAAGUCAGCCGGAGGAUUUCAAAUGCAAUUUGCAUUGAUCCUGAUAAUAAUAAGGAAGAUGAUAUUGAACGCACCAUCAGUGUAAUAAUUGGUAAAUGCAAAGAGGUCCGAGCAGAAAAAACUAAGAACGCGAUUGGGAAGAAGUCUAUCUCUUUCCUCCUAAAAAAGAUGUUUGUUUGCGCAAAUGGGUUCUCGCCUGCUCCUAGUUUGAGGGACACUCUACAAGAGUCCAGAAUGGAGAAGUUACUGCGAACCAUUAUUCAUAAGAAGAUGUACCCUAAAAAUUCUUCUCGGGCAGCAUCAAUGAAGAGAUGCAUUGAAGAUAAACACAUUGUAGAAAACAAAAAUGACGAAGAGGAAACAAUUGAAAAACCAAGGCCAAGUGAGGGAUGUAAAUGGGACAAGACGGAUUCAGAUUAUAUUGUUCUAGAGAUUUAACAGCGUGUCACCCUUAUACAGAUCAUAUUAUAUACCGAGAUUUAAGUACAUGUCUUUGUGUUCAAUAAUUUGGAUUAGUCAGAGGAAUGAGUUCAUAAAACUGAAAGAGGAGAAGAAAAGGAAGAAAUAAUUGGCGUUUCUAAGGGACCUGAAAUUAAUCAACCUCUAGUUGAAGAAGCAGUCUUUCUUUUGUGAAACGGGGAAACUUGCCCGUAUUUUUUCAUGGUUGUCUCUGCUGAUGUGCAGAUCAACUCAUGUUAUGUAACAGUCUCUAGUUCGAGCUGUCGAGGCGGAUAAUUGAAUUUUUCUCUCCUCUUUUUUGUAUUUCUUCUCCUUCCUCUUAUAUUCUUCUUCCAUAUUCCAAAUGGAAACCACUUUUCCUCUCUUCUUUUUUAUGUUCAUGAUUGUUAAGAUUUGCAUAGGAUGGGAGUUCUACACAUAAAACAAUGUGUACUUCAUACUAAUUAAGAAUAGGUGAGUAGAUUACUAGGCCUGUAAGGAAUGUAUCUUCCUUUUUUUUCCAUGUGGAUUCACUUUUUAACAUGCUUAUUUAAGCAUGUGAAGCAUUGUUAUUAUAUAUGCAAAUAUUGUAGCCCAAAAGAAAAGAGGUUGGAAUACUGUUUUUGGUGUGGUAGUACCAAUUCUACUU